AUGUCAGCCAGGCUGCAGCGCGUGAUGGUGAGCUGGAUGACGAAUUCCUUGAUGGGCUUGAUCCUGGCCAGGAUGGGUGUGGCCACCAUGAAGGCAGUUCCACUGCUGUCGCUCCUUGUCGUGUUUCGACGGGGCUGGCGCUUGAAUCAGAUCAUGGUGCGCGCACACAGGUCGAAAUUCUGGAUCUUGACGCGAUCCUCACUGGAGCUCUGGGCUCUUUUCGAGCUGGCCUUCUGGAUCUACUGCAGGUGGAAGAAGCUCAGCUUGGAGGCGCGGCGAGCCUACGCCCCCAACGUUCUGUGGAAGUCGCCUGGGGAGAGGAUGCGCUUGCUGGACAACUUCCUGUCAAACACGGAGAGGAUCCAUGCUGGCCAGGGCUGGGCAGGGAAUCGCCGUGAGCGGCGUCGCCGCGCCUGGUCAAAGAAUGAGGGGCCCAGCGUAUUCAGCUUCUGGAGUCGCCACAUGCGCAAGCCAUCGGACGGCAAGGAAGCGAGGCAGAAGCUGAUAUCUGAUCCGUCAGUUGAGAACUUCCUUCGCCUCGCCGAUGAGCCAGAUCCCGGAUUCUGGUAUCUUCCAACCGAGAGCAAGCCGAGAACACUAGCUGGCAGGCCCCGCCCGCCCUCACUUCGGCCGCUGUGCACGGCCCCCUCCGUGGAGAAUCUGCUGCGCUUGCAUGAGGCCGAUGAGGUCCGGACCCCUCGAACACCUGGAGAAGUUGAUGUGCAGUGCCUGAAACAUCUGGAGCUGUGCUCAUGGUUUUCAAUCCUGAUCGAAGGGAAGAGGGUGAUUUGCAAGGAUGUCACACAGAUUGGUCGCGGAAACAUUGAGCAGUGGAUCCUCUCAUAUUUCUUUGAUGGGGCAGAGUCCCUUUCCGAGCUGUCCGAGCGUGAAGUGACCGAGCUGCAGGAGUUGGUCCAGGCGGUGGCGCACUGGGCUGGCCUCCCUUUGCCCGACACACCCAACUGGUUCGGCAAGAACGAAGGCCUGAAAUGCUUCCGCCUGAGGAAUGAUCCGUUUCCGGCAGUGCACCGGCCGCUGCUGACGUACGUCAACACUGCCCUGGUGGCACCGGCGUUGGGGCACCAGGCACUGGGUCUUUUGGGCUUCCACCCUUACCGAUCAGGAAGCACCGAGUACUGGCUCCGACCUGCUGGCCAGAAUCGCCAACACGUCUCUGGCCGGCCACGCAUGCUGGAGCGUGGCAGGGCCCUGGUCUUCUGCCACGGAGUUGGGGUGGGACCUGCCAUGUGCCUAACCUUCUUGCAGAGACUGACAAAGACCUUGGGCCAGGACCAUGCCAUAUUCUUGGUUGACACCGCUGGCAUCUCAAUGAGAUUCUCGGACGACGUCCCUGGCGCGCAGGAGGUUGCGACGAACAUCCGGAACAUGCUCCAGGUCUGGGGUCUGCAGGAAGCUCACUUCAUUGGGCACUCGUUCGGGUCGUUCGUGGUGGCGUGGGUGCUGCGCUAUUCACGGAGUUGUGUGACAAGGACGACUCUCAUUGACCCAGUGUGCUUCUUGCUACUGAAAGUGCUGGUCCAAGGCCAUGAGCUUCAGCAGGUUCGGCAUGACACUGGCAUGGAUCCGAUGGAGAUCGUGCUGAAGUACUUCGUCAUGACGGAGCUUUUCACCUGCAACUUUGUCUGCCGGUGCUUCUUCUGGGAAGAGUCGCACUUGGACAUGCAGGAUUUGGAAGACACAGCAGCUCUGGUCAUUCUCGAGUCUGAAGACCUUGUGGUACCCACCUACUCUGUCCGGAGCCUCGUCUUCGCGGAGUGGCGGCGCAGGAAGUUGCAGGAGCCGGCGGGAUCCCAGGCCAAGAGCUCUCCGCUGGAACUUCACUGGGUUGAGGACCAGCCACAUGCAGGCUUUCUGCUGGAUGCAGUGGCCAACCAGGAAGUGUGUGAGCGGCUCCAAGCAUUCCAUGAAUCGUGA